CCCCUUAGCCUUAGCGCCACAUCAUUAGUCUGUGUGGGCUACAGCUCGUAAAACAGAAAUAAAAGCAAAAAACAUUAAAAACCAAUUGCAAUGCCUCUUAUAAACAACAACAACCACCAGGCGGGACUCCUCUUCUGUGGGUUCAAUGAUUUCCACGGCAAGAAAAGAGCACCCACUCCCCUAAUCCAUUGUUCGCAUGGCAGGCAGCUCUUUUGGAAGAUCCCUUAAUUUAAGACUUAAAGGGGUGGCGGUGAGGACACAGGAGAAUUACAGUUGGCCAUCGUGUUCUCCUGGAGAAAAAAGAAAAGAAGGAAAGGAAAUGAAAAUGCAGGCCUUCUCUCUCAAAAGGGAGACGUCCGCUCUAGCCCUUCCUCUCGGAGGGCCGGCCCUUCGCCUCCCGGAAAGCGCGACGCUCUAGCAAGAGGCGGGUAGACGGUUCCUCUUCUGGCCUUUGGGUGGGGUGGCCUAUCUAUCGAACCUGGUCUUUCAUUGCUAACCUUCCCUUCCCCCACUUUCCUCCUUUAUCAGCCGCUCAUAAACUGUCAGUUCUUUGAAUUGGAACAUUUGUGUGCCUCGAAAUCAACGAGUUUGCCCGGGUGAUUGGAAUUGAUCCUGAGCAUGAGCCGGAGUUGAUGUGGUUGGCGCGAGAAGGCAUUGUAGCCCCUCUGCCUGCAGAAUGGAAACCCUGCCAAGACAUCACUGGAGAUAUCUAUUACUUCAAUUUUGCAAAUGGUCAGUCAACCUGGGACCAUCCAUGUGACGAGCGCUACCGACAGCUUGUAAUUCAAGAGAGGGAAAAAUUGCUGGACCAUGGAGGCCUCAAAAAGAAAGACAGGAAAAAGAAGAGAGAGAAGAAGAAAGAGAAACAGGAAAGAGAGUUCCUGAAAUGUCCAGUUGACGUGCUGUCACAGCCGGGGAUACUUCCAUCGACAUCUUUUUAUAGAGUUUCGUCUCCUGUCUUUUCAUCAGAGCUGGCCACUCCUGACCAGGAGAAGGAGAACAAGUUGAUGAAAAGAAAUGAGUCCUUUGCGAAGGGCCCCAAGGGAAAGUCUGCAGGGAUGUUGUCUGACUCAGGUGACUUGCCCAGGCAUUUCUCAGGCCUGGCAUCAGCUAAACUGCAUCCCCUUCUGCCAGGAAAGUCAAACCGCACUCGCCAGAUCCUGGCAGAUGUAGAGAAGAUUCUUGAAAGAACUUCAUCUUCCAACAGAGUAGAUUCUGGUCCCCAACCACACCAAGAUGUGACUGCAACAGACAGACAGACAGCUGCCACUGUUUUUUCAAACUCUGAGCCUGAGAAUUUAGAGUUCACCAAUGUCUCAAAGCCUCUUUUGGAAACAUUAAAAGUAUCUUCUCUGACACCCAAGGGUGCUAAAACUGGGCUAGAUAUGCAGCGGAAUGUAGAAACGAGCCUGUUUUUGGAAGGGGAGAAGCUGGGCAGGGACCAAUGGGAUGGGCACGUUGAAGGAGGCGGUUGCUGCCCAUCGCCUGUGGAUUCCUCCCCUGGAGGGAGGGCAUCUCGGCCUGUCAGCGGUGUUGUCAGCCGGGAUGGAAUGUCUCUACCCAUCUCUGAAAGGGAACUGGGGCUUCCUCCUAGUGCUGUUUCUUUAGAGGAGUCACUUGGCCCCAUGUCUGAGACCAAUGCCCUUGAGAGAGACAGUGAGCUUGGGUCUCUUGCUAAACCGAAAGAAGGUAAAGGGAAGAAGAAACUUCUGGAGCAAUAUGAAUCCACAGAACUCGGCAUGAGUGGGAGAGAAAGUGUACAGCAAGCUGUUGUUCUCAAGCUGGACUCCCAGCUGCCCCCUUUCUCUAUACCGGGAGUAGAGACUGACACGCUGGCAGCUGCUGUGCCAGGUGAACCAAAAGAUCAAGAGAUACCUGGAUCAAACCUGAACUCUGGUGAUGGUGGCAGCAGUAGUGUGAUGACCAGCUUGGCUGACCACCUAGCUUCACAGGUGUUGGGGGAAGUAGACAAUUUCUCCUGGGAUCUCCAAAGCUCUCAUGAAAGUGACCACCUCAUGGAACAACUGACUGUUCCCAAGAGAUCUUUUCCAGAUGCUCUUCAUAUCCAGGCACAAAGCUCCCCUGAUGAGUGCUCUGAAAGCGAGUGCUGCUCGGAGGAGCAGAUGUUCUGUAAGAAUAUGAUGAAGAGAUCAGGAGGAGCAGAGUCUGGACCAGAACAACCAGGGGCAGGCCAGAAUGCGGAGCCUGAUUUGACUCGGGAGAUGGUCAAAGGAGCAAACACAAGGCCUCAGCAAGGAGUGGCAACCUUUCAGCCAGUGGAGCAGCAGAGGAGUGGCAAGGAUAAAACGAGCAUCAUUCCAGAGAGCCAAGAAGGAGGACAGCUAGGGCAGAAUAGAGUAUCAACAGAUGAUGGUAGUCAGCCUGAGCUUCUGCCAGGAGACCAAGAGCCUGACAGCUGCGGGAAGAGUCUUUGUGAUGCCAUAGAUGAAGAGGGAGUGGCAGCUUUGAACCUGCUAUGUCCUGAUGGGGGAGAAGAAGUGGAAGGCAACAAUAAGGGUCCCAGGGGAAGAGCCAGGCUUCUUGAGAAUGUGCACAUGGAUGUCAGUGCCCUCGGUGCCAGCUUUGAUGAUGAGUCUGCUGAACAGGCUGGUCAUGUGAAAGAACUGCAUUCUUCUGGCCAUUUGGAACCUGAGCCACCUGUUACUGAGAAUGAUGGCUUGUUGGCACAGAAGACGGGCCAGUGGAGAUGUGGCAAAGAAGAGGAACUCAACGAGGGAUCAGCAGAGGCAACUGAAAGGUCACUAAAAACGGAGUUGGAGCCUGCUAGGCAAUCAGAGGAACUCCACUUGCAGGAGGAAACACAAGAGGCACAGCAGAAACUCAAAACCGAGGUCCCUUUGGAAAUGGAGGCAGAGAAGAAGAACAUCAGGUUAGCCCAGGAAGCUGCUUUGCAGAAAUUCCAGGAGGAGUUGGAAUCCUUUCAGCGAUCUGAGGAAGCGAGGCUGAAGGAGCAGAUGCAGUUUUCUCUGGAAAGGAUGAAGAAGGAAGUAGAAGCUGCCCAGCAGGUGGAGCAGAUGGCACUCGAGCAGGAGAGCCAGAGAGCCCUUAGUUCCCUGAAAGAGAGGUUGCGCAGAGAGAACAAGAUGGCCAUGGAAGAAUUGGAGCUACAGUUUGCAGCAGAGCUUCAGCGGCAGAAAUCGACAGCAGAAGAGGAACAUCAAAAGGUUGUCUCAACCCUGCAGAUGCAGAUCUUGGAGGUUCAGAGGAAAGGGGAGGCAGAGUUGGAGAAGGCGUUGGAGGGUGCAGAGCAUCAUGUCCAACAGAAGAGACAACAAGUAGCUGAGUACCAGCGAGAGCUCAGUGACCUCCUGAAGGAGAAGCGGCAAGAAGUUGAAGAAAAUCACGCCAGACAGCUGGAGAAAAUCCAAGAGGCGCACCGAGAGGCCCUGGCUAAGAUCCAGGUGCAACACGAGGAGGAGGAGCAAAAGGUCCGGGAGGCAGAAUUGGCACUGGAUCUCCGAGCCAGGGAUGUCCAGGCAAGGUCAGCUCAGCUACAGGCCCAGGAAGAAACCUUGAAAAAGAGAAAACAGGAAGUCCUGGAGGAAGAGGAGCAGCUGGAACAACAGCAAAAGGAGGCAGCUGUGGCAGCUCAACUCUGCCUUGAAGAGUCCCAAAAGCAGCGAGACAGCCUGGCUGAGAGCUUGGUGCCCCUGCGCCAGGCUGUGGUGGCGCUUCAGAGCCAGAAGGUGGACUUGGAGUCUCGGGUGGAGCAGUUGCAGGCACAGAGCCAGCAGCUGCAGAAGCAGGCCAGGGAGCUAGAGGAGACCCUCCGGGACAAGCAGGAGCUGCUGAAAGAGAGGAAAGGACCAAGCCGUGAAGCUUCCCUGCUGAAAAUGGAGGCACUCCAAGUGGAAGACCUGCAAGACAGCGGUGGCACCCCAGUCCACUGGAAACAGGCGGCUGGAAUGUCACGGACAGGGGAGGGGCAGGGACAGGGACAGGCCUGCUACGGAGAGACGGCAUCCGAAGCCCCAAAGACUCCUGAGGAAGACAGCCUCCUCCUGGACCAGGUCCGGCAAUACAUAUCUGCUGAGGGAGCUUCCCUCAAAACAGCUAAGGAGUUCCUGGCACACCAGACGUACUUGAUGCAGAAAAGGCAGGCAGCCUGGAGAGAUGAGAAGCAGCCCUGGAACCAGGAUCUCCAGGAAGCCAGGCAACUGGAUGAGAUGAAGUCUGCUGUACAGAGAGGGCAAAUCCUGCUGAAGAAGAAGGAGAAGAGGUUGAGACAGCUGGAGUCCUCGCUGGCGGAAGAGUUCUCUGAUGAAGAUAUGCUGAAGGAUGUGGCAUGCAAGAAGGGGGUGACUUUUGACCUCAGUGACUCGGAGGACACAGACAGCCUGAUGAGCAUGGAAGAAUCCACCCCCAAAGAUGUUCACUUGAAGCCAUCGGAAUGCCAGUGGCCCCCACUGGAUAAGAUCCAGUGCCUGACGAACUCCCUGCAGCGUAUCUCCAGUGAUCUGAACAGCAUUCUUGGCCUCCUGACUGCCUUCGGCACCCAGCAGCCUCUCCUUUUUCCUUCUGCUAAGGUCCCUGCCGCCCCACUGCCCCAGGGUGGCCUUCCUCUUGCCACCUACAUCUCUGCACCCCAUGGCUACUCAGACGCAGCCGCUCCAGUGGUGCCUUUAGCUGGCCCUCAGUGGGCCUGGAGAACGGCCUUAGGCCCCCGUCCCUCCACCACCUCCUCCUCGGCCAAGAAUUCUGUGGACAGCCUGCUGAUCAAAAAAUGGCGCAAAUACUUCCCAGGUGGGUUGCCCUUGCUCUGCGGAAGUCCUAGCGCAACAGAUGGCAGGCUGGGAUUCAUGGCCUCUGGGGAACACUUUCCACUGUUCCAGCGCCCGCAGACUAUCCAGGGCAUGCUUGAUGCCAAGAAGUGGUUGGAAGAAAUCAAGCAGGAUCCCAGUGUACAUCUCUUGCCAAGCACCCCAAGGUCUUCGGCCAGCGGCACCGGCUUACUGCAGUUGGGGCUGGAUGAGAACAACCAAAUCAAGGUCUACCGGUUCUAGCUUCCGCGCCUGCCGAGAAGGCCAAACUGCAACAUCUCAGGGUUCUCUCAGGGAGUGAAAAUAUAGAGUGUUGUUCCUGUACCCAGAAGCUUCCACAGAUGCUUUCUUGGAGCACAUGGCCUCAAUCUCCCAAAGCAAAUUUGGUGAAGUCCGUGAGGCAUCCAUAGAUCAAGGCAUGCAUAAUCAGUCCCCUCUUUCUUAGCUUCCCGCUGCCCCCCCCCCGAGGAGUUCAUUCACUUGCCUCUCAAGGCAAGGCAGUGAGUUCUCAGAAGAGUCUCGGAGUGGCUGGGAGGAGGGGGGGGGUCGCCUCUUUCCAGAGCCAGGGGCCUGAGAGUGUGGGCGGGCCCUUGGGAACCUCACGCCUGGCCUCCGCCUGAACUCUUGUGGGGUGUGGGGAAGAGCAGUGGGUUUCUGUUCUCUCAUGGUGGUGCUCUAGAGCCAACACCUCGUGCGAUGCUUCCAGAUUAGUAGUUCAUGGUUCGGUGGCAGUGCCUUUGGUGGCAUAGUGGGUGCCUAGAGCCGAAAUGGUGCUGGGCAGGAGGAGGAAACCGGGAGCACAGACAAUGAAGUUCUUGCCGCAUGCCGGAUCCUCCAGCCUUAAUUAGGAGUUGGAUGCUUCUCCCCGAGCUUGGAUUAGGCUGCUUUUCCAAGAAGCCGCAGGAGGCAGUUGGGCAAAGUCUUGGUCGUAGGCAGUCUUGGUGGAGCUGUUGCUGCCUCUGGCAUCCUUAAGCCUAAGAUGCUCAGUUGUUGAACUGAGGGGUAAAGCAGGGAGGGAUUGCCACCCGUGCCCUUCCAUCCUCCAGCAAACGGGAGGAGGCUGUGGUUGCUGAAAUGGUUUUGGCUUCUCCCCCCGCCCCCCCCAGCCAUCCUGCUGGUUACUCUGCCUGCCCUCUUUUUGGGGUGGCACGUUGCUCUGGCUUUUCUGGCCGUGGAUGGAGAGCCUCCCCUCAGGUGGCUGUGCUGCUCAUCAUCCUCUGUGCUUUUUGUUCUCUGUCACUUACCUGUUGCUCUCCCAGCGCUGCUGAGCUGGGCCUUGGUGUGGCACAACUGGAAGGGACAACAGAAGGGAAUCAGUAUUUUUGAACUUGUGACAUAUAAAGUUUGCCUUUUAGUAAGAGGUUGGCUGUAGUUUUUGUAUUUUGCCUACAGAUUAAAUGUAUUCUUUCCCACGG